GUUUGACGGGCGGCUGAGAACUCUUAUGCUCUCUGUGUUGCAAAGAUAAUAAUAUACUGCGUCAUAGGAACAGAACGGAAGGGUGAAGUAAAGCAAACGAGAACUGCAUUCUGACACACACACGUCCUCACCCAAAGUUUUGUUAAGCGGAAAAGGACGACCUCAAUUGAAGCGCAGCACUUUUGUUCGAAGAGAAAGGCAGACAGCCGACAACGCAGCACGGACCUGACAAAGAAAUCAGAGUAGAGGGCCCCAUUGGUAGCAGGAGAGCCGCUUCGCAACUGAAUCGCAGUAGCUCACGCGAUUGCGCCGCUUGAUUUUCGUAUUUCCACGAGAACUGUUGCCGCUUUCGCUUCUGCUUGUUAUCUUUUUUUGGUGCUUUUCUUUUUAGACACUCCACCUCUUUUUUUUCCUGUUUGGUGAGGACUUAGACUGCGCCACGCACACAUACGUAGAUACCCUCGAUAGAUUUUCUUUGUUUGAUUCUGUUCUUCUCUUGUUCAGCCAGUAACAGCACAAUGACGGAAAACGCAAUCGCACAUCGACCCUCGUCUCGGCAGGGCUCCCCGGUGCCGCACCGUCAACUCGGCACCCUCUCCGUCAACCAGCGCUCUUACUCGCGCAUGAGCUCCAAAGGCGUCUUCGGCGACGACUCGCCGCUCAUGUCCCCGCUGCCGUACUACCCGCGGCAUCGCAGCGUCACAUUUGCGGAGGGACGCAGCGGGGCGCGGGAGGAGCGGCCAAACUACAACGGCACCUACUCCGCCUCCGCCCUCGUCUCCCCGGUGCGGCAGCUCUCCCCUCCGCCGGUGUCGAUCUUGAAGACGAACUCGUCGUUUCCAGACGAGGAUGACAGCGGGGCGGCCCCGGCGGCACAGGUGGCGGCGGCGACGGUGUCGGCGGUCCCGCGGCACAAGGACCCGCUGCGCCGCUCCCCGGUGCCACCGACACGUGGCCGCUCCAACAGCCGUCAGCGGCUGGCGGCGCGUCGUCGCGAGGCGCAGCUGCACCACAGCUUCUACGACGACAGCUUCGUCGAGGAGUUCGUGCUGAGCGCCAAGACGGAACUAGAGAAGGAGGAGGCGGAGCAGCGCCGCGUGGAAGAGCAGCUUCGGGCGGAGCAGGAGAAGGCAAAGCGGGCGGAGCGGCGUGUCUCGGAGGCCACGGAGAAGAUCAACGCCCUCCAGCACGCGAAGGAGGUGUUGAUGGCAGCCACGGUGCGUCGUCACGCCUCGGUCACGCCGUCGCCGCCUCGCGCACGCGCCGAUAAAUCGAAGCGCAACUCCAGCCUCUUGCGCGAGCUCGAAGACGACCCCGACCCGGCGGUGCAGGAGGCGCUGAAGGAGCUCUCUCGCCAGUCUACCUUGAAACAGCAGCGGCAGCAAGGACCACCGCAGCAGCACCGCCGGCGCUCCAUGCCCAUCGUCUCCGAGGACGCACUGGCUGGAAACGACGUCGAGGAGGGAGCGGGGGAGGAAGAGGGCAGCAAUGAGGCUCGCAAGCGCGCUCGCUUGGAGAAGAUCGUGUCGAGUCUGUUGUCCCGGAAGGGCAAGAGCAAGAGCAAGCGCAGCGUGAUGGUGAUUGACUGGUCGGACAUCGACUCCGACGACGACCACAACGAAGAUAUCGGAGGGGCAGAGAGCCAGGAGGAGGAGGAGGAGGAGGAAGAGCAGGCUAGACCCAUCGGCAACAAACGCCAGCGCAGUCGUCAGGCCAAGAGCCGCAGUGCUGGCCUUGUUCCUGAGGCGACUCUCGUGCCGCCCAACAAGGCGCCUCGCAAGCCCUCCGCACGCCGCGCCGCCUCCGCAAACAAGCGUACCGCCAGCGUCGUGCCGGACCUCGGCGACUCCCUUCUCUUUGAGGCGGAGGAGCAGCCCAUUCUGCUGCCACGCCGCCAGCACCAGCGCCCCGCACCGACCCGCUCCAUUUCGCACAUCGACAUGGAGGAGGACGACGAUGACGUGCUGGACCACGACGAGGCCAGCGUGGAGCGCAUCGUGCGGCGAGCACCGCGUGCCACACGCGCCCCAGCGACGCGACAGCGCCGUGGACCUGCUGUCGCCGGCCGAGGCAACGCAGCGGCUUCUUUCGUUAGUGCUGCUGCUGGUCGCGGCCGGCGUGCGCAGGCGGUGGAGGAGACGGAGGAGGCCACCACGCCGGCACCGGCUCCGCCUCCGCGUCGUGCGGCAGCGCUGCGUGCAGACCCGAACGACCCGAUGGCCGUCUUCUUCGAAGCAGCCUUCCCGAGUCCUUCGAAGUUCGAUGAAAUGAUGAUGCAGGCGGGCGGUCUGCCGGAGACUCGGCGGGGUGGUGGUGGCGGCGGCGCUGGCGGUCGCGGGCCUGGCCGACAACCGAACUUAGUCUUGCCCAGCUCCAUCGGGCGACGCCGUUAA